UUCACUAAACAAGUCACUAUAAAAGGUCUGUUGGUCAGUAAAGUUGCCAGAACGUGAACACUGUCAAGAAGGUCACUCACUACACUCAAUUUUAAAAUGACUAAGCCUAGUGAACAUAUCAAAAGACCAAUGAACGCAUACAUGGUGUGGUCAAGAAAGGAAAGAAGAAGAAUCGCCGAAGAGUGUCCAAGGAUGUUAAAUUCAGAAAUCAGUAAGCGACUAGGUCUGGAGUGGAACUCAUUAACACACGAGCAAAAACAACCAUACGUAGAAGAAGCCAAGCGACUCAGAGAAUUACACAAGAAAGACCACCCAGAAUAUAAAUACCAACCGAAGCGGAAACCAAAAACAUGUCCCAAAAUCAAAACACAGAGUCCAUUUAACUACGGCUUUCCUGGAGAAGGUCUUCCUCUGCCGACUCCUUCACCGACCGCUACCCUGUGUCCUCCUCUACCAUCUCACAUGGUUCCUAGCGCUACAAUGAUGAGUAUGGGUGGUUGUCCUGGAGCUUGCACUAUCGCUGAACCUCCACCACCAUAUCACUUUGCACCACAYUACUCACUUCAAUCCAUGUCAGAAUAUAAAUCGCCUUGUUCUUCUCACAUGUCGUUGAUUGGCAGAGACAUAGCGUAUCCGCCAUCAGUAGGAUACACGUCACAUGGGCCUCUUAUAGGCCAUCCUAUGCACGUUAUGCACCAUCGUGAACUCUUACCUGAAUCAGGAGUUGUUCGUACUCCAACGCCUAUUGAUGCUAGAAAUGGCCUCCCAAGACAUCCUCUAGACUGCGUAGUUAUGAGACCCGAUGGAUAUUAACACUGGUUAACACAUUCCACAAGUAACAACAGUCUUCAAAGAAAGAGACUUUUAUAGGAGAAAAGACAUUUAUACGCUUUAAAUUAAAGCAUUAUACGUUUUGUACAAAACGAGAGCCUCGUAAGGGGCUGAAAAAUGACUGCAAAGGAUAUUACAGUAUAAUGUCAUGUAUAUUUUUAAUAAAAGAUUUCUACAGUAGUUUUCAGUCCCACAAAAAUGCUAGCUUAUUUGAAGAUUUAUAAUGUAAACUAUAAUUUGUAUUUAAUACAAACAUGUAAAUAAAAGUUUGCUUGUACAACAUU